UGACACUGGCACAAGACGGACACACUGUACAGACACAUGAUUUUGGAAAUUGCGUGGUAUAUAAAUAGAGUAUGUGUAACUGAACGAAGUAGUUUGACGUAAAUAGUCUGUGUUGGUGCAGUUGUUCAUUUUCCAUACAGUUGUAUGCGUUCAUUAUUGUGUGAGCUAUAAAAGUGCAAUUUUCAGUGUGCGAAAAUAUAAACAGAACAUAUAUUUUGUGAAGAUGCCUACGGAAUGUAUCACGAACCCUUUACAAAGGGAAUUGGCUGAUUCCAUAAUAAGAAUGGUUCCUCUCGAUGAAAUAAGGAUUCUAUUGGCUUGUGGGGCCAAGGUCAACGAACCUGUUACACAAGGUCUCAUGCCUUUACAUUAUGCAGUUUGGCAACGAUACUACGAGGCGGCUCAACUUCUAUUGACAAGAGGCGGUGAUGUCAACGCGACAGAUGAAUGCGGAUAUAGCCCUCUACAUUUGUCAGCUGAACAUGGAUACACGGAAGUGGUCCGGCUGCUGCUCGCCUCGGGCGCCAAAGUCGACUACCGGCCGAACACGGCCGAAGAGUUCCCGCGCACCACGCAGUGCGACGAGCCGCUGCGUCUGGCCAUCCGCAACAAGCACACGGAGAUCGCAAGGAUGCUGCUCGAACAUGGCGCCGAUCCCAACAAAAGGUACUUCUUCGGCGCCGAGAUUAACCUGGUUGCGGAUCUGGAGUUCCUCGAGCUGCUGCUUACGUUCGGCGCGAAUCCUGAUAGCAGAGACAGGUCGGGGUUGACGCCGCUGAUGAAGGCUGUGAGGCUGCCGCAGGGCAUGGAUGCCGUUUUAUUGUUGCUCAAAUAUGGUGCAGAUGUGAAUGCUAUUGCAGAUGAACGACAUGAUUAUAGAACAGUUCUACAUUAUGCAGUACUAUCUGGAAACUACGAAAUUGUCAAUUUGAUGAUAAAACAAGGAGCCAAACUGAACUACGAUGAAGAAUACGAUUUAGGGAAACCAAGUCCUCUGGAUUUAGCGAUACUCAAAGGUGACCCGCAUAUUGUCGAGAUGCUCAUAAGAUCUGGUGCUAACGUGAAUUGCAGCUCUCCCAUAAUAGGAUCACCUUUGCACGUAGCUUGUGCUGACAAUAUACCAAAUAGACUGAACAUUAUAACGAUGCUUCUGAAAGCGGGGGCCGAUCCAAAUUUGAAGGUUUAUGGCGACGAAUUCGAGAGAAACUCGCAACUAAGGCCUGUUUUGGUAGAAUAUUUAGCAAGCAACGAACAUCCUAAUGUAGCUGUCGUCCACUUACUGCUUCAACAUGGAGCCAAGGUAGUGAUGAAAACCCAAUUCAGAGACCCGGACGGCAUGCUGAACUGCCUGCAAAACGUGAUAGCAGACAACAGUGAGUCGAUUUUCUUCCUGCUCCUGGAAUCCUGCGAAUCCUUCGACCCCUGCAUGAUCCGCAGGAACAACGUCCUGUCUCCGGAGCAGAAAUCGGCCCUGCUGGAGCUGGCAAAGUGCCCUUUGCCUCUCAAGCGGCAGGUGAGGCUGUUCCUGAGAAGACUACUGGGGGCAGAAAUGAUUGACGCCGUGGACGGGUUCGAGUUGCCCAAGUGUUUGGCCAAGUAUUUGCUGUUCGAUUAUCGUUGAAGAGGUUUUUAGGUGUACGAAUCACUGACAUAACUACUACCUAGACCUCUAUUAUGUCAUAUCUUGCCUGAAAACGCUACUGUUCAAUGCGCAAGCACUCCCAAACUAUCGUUCAUGCAUUGAUCUCUUGCUGUUCGGAAACAUGAGUGAGAGUGAGUCAGAUGACCAAUGAACACAAUAUAAACACCUGGAAGGGAUCCUCUGUGAACAGCUUACAUAAAUUGUACGCUGCUGUGAACGAGGAGUGAGGCAAAAAUAUUGUUCAUUAUACCUCAAUCAACGCCGCAGUGGUUACGGAUAUACAUAUCUCUUUCUAUCUUAUGUUGGCUAAGGGGAAGUGCUCGCAUUAUUUGAAUUAUUUUCUUGUUUUUUGCUUCUUUCAAGAGUAUACGUGAUUAAAUAUAAAUAUGCAUUCAAGAAGAAAGAUAAUGUUGCAGUCAAUUAUUAUUUGAAAAUAAUUAUUAAUUUUUUUAUUGACUCAAAAUUGAAAUUCCUUCAUUAUUCUUACAGGAUUAGGAACGCAAAUGAAAACAAAAUCGAAAUUAUAAAAUUAUAUAUUCUUAUUCAAAUGUCACAAUAUAUUGUA